GAACCGAUUCCUGAGUCACCUGAACAUACAUGUGCGCUGUCUAUGCGGCAUUAAAGACUAAACCUGAUGCGACCAAUGCGUCUGUGUACAUCUCUCUGUCUGAACACGACCAGGCUUUAUUUAAACGUUAUAGAUAAUAAUAAUAAUAAUAAUAAUAAUAAUAAUAAUAAUAAUAAGCAGCUUGAAGGAGACUGUAUUGUUUGAGGUUUGACUGGACCUUCUGCCAUCAUGUCGACAGAUAAACAAAGUCUUCCAGAAGAGAACCUGCAAGGCUCUUGGGUGGAGCUGCACUUCAAUAACGGAGCUGGAGGGGCUCCUAAAGCAACAGUGGAGGAUCAGGCUCCCUCUGGAGACAUGGAGAAGAUGCUGCUGGAUGCUCAGCACGAGUCUGGCAGGAGCAGCUCCAGAGGGAGUUUACCCUGUGACAGUCCUCCAAGGUCCCAGACUCCUUUGCACUUGAGCAAAGGAUCAGAGAUCCACAGCUCAGCAGAGAAAAACAGCUCACAGUCCGAUGAAGACUUUCUGGAGAGGAGGAAAGAGGUCGACAACCUCAUGAAGAAAAACGCUGACUGGAUAUGGGACUGGUCGAGUCGACCAGAAAAUAUCCCACCCAAGGAGUUCUUGCUGAAGCAGCCAAAACGCUCCAGCACCUUGAGUAUCAGGAACACGAGCGUGAUGAAGAAGGGAGGAAUCUUCUCUGCUGAGUUCCUCAAAGUCUUCCUACCUUCUCUCAUCGUCUCUCACAUCCUCGCCAUGGGGCUCGGUGUGUACAUCGGACGACGCAUCACUACUUCCUCCAGCACGUUCUGAUGGAGAACCCACAAAUCCGAUCUCCGGCUGCUCCUUCUCCACCUCAUCAUCUCUGCUGCUUUGUCUUGAAUCGGUGUUUCAGUAGAUCCAAAUAGGUCAGGACCGCUCGAGCCGUUUCCACUCGCGGGCCGGGUGCCGUACUACACCGCCUUCAUCCCACCCUCUUCGUGUAUUCCCCUGGCUCGCACUCUUUUACAGUCACGCCUGCACUAGGAGGCCAUUUUAGAGUUGUAGACAGAGUAGCGUUAUCUGUGCUCCACCUUCAUCAUUCUAAUUUCUUGUUCAGAUAGAAAAUCUGUUUAAAAGAAAUAGCAGUCAUGUAAGAUAUAGAUGUAAGGAAUUAUACAUCAUCAUGAAGAGUAUAGUUCUGGCUUAGGACCUGUAAAUACUUCAUGAGAGAGUGGGGGAAAAGGUAAGAAGAUCAGACUGUACAGGUUUCAGCGGGAUUUUACUAACAAAAUGGAACAGCACAGCUUUCGAUAAAUCAUAUCAGAUGAAACAAAUGCCAAAAAUUAUAGCAGCAAUCACUCAUUUAUGAGAAAGAGAGUAGGUCUGUUUUGCUGAGUACAAAUCAGAGUGAGGUUUAUGCUUUUGGUUCACUUUUAGUUUGAUUUGAUUCCACAAUGCACUGAAGAACACGAAUCAAAGCGAUAAAUAUACAAGUCAGUCACGUGAAAACUCAAAGAAAAAGGGAAAGAAACUUAACUGACUGUGAAAUGAAUCUAGAAAUUUGAUAAGUAAUAGCAAAAUUGUUUCUUUUGGUUUCUUGGUAGAAAUUUCUAGAACUUAACAUUUCUGCAGGGCUACAGCUCUGGUCCACAGCUCAGUGUAGCACUCAAAAUAAUAAUAAUAAUAAAAAAAAAGGUAGCUGCACGAAACUCCAAGUAUACCACGUUUGAUGCAUUUCCUGCAAUCGAACUACACGAGCGUGUGUGGAAACACAUCAGUCGGACGGUUCGUCGCGGUCUGAUACCCUGUAUACGGUAGUUGUGUAAAGAUGUAAAGUUCAGAGUUCAAUUCAAACAGUAAACGCGCUCGACUCCAGCGAUCAAGCUGAUGCGUUCUGAUAAGCGUAUUAUAUUUCUUGUGAGAUCUUGUCAUAGUAAUCAAACCCGUGUGGAUUAAAGGUGCCACAUCUAGGAUUUUAGUAUCUCUAGGAUCAGAGUGGAAAAAGGAGAAGAGCUGCUUCUACAUCAGCACUCUCACUGAGGGAAGCUUGAAUGGAACGGACCGGCUUCUUCUGGAAACAGCACAGAGCUGUAGUUCUGUCUCGACACACACACACACACGCGCGCGCGCGCGCUAAAAGACUAGUUAGCUUACAAGUUAGAUUUCAAUCUUUACAAAACUUUGACACGUGAAUGUUACGAGAUAUUUUCUUUGUUCAUUGCGAUAUUAACUCAGGUAAGCAUCUUGAUAGCAAGAGAGAGGGGGGAAAAAUGCAUGGAUCACUUGGCAGAUCCACAGUUCUGAAGGCUACACUACCACCACCACAUUAAGUGUACUCAAUAAAAACCAGGUAGCUCAGUUUAGAACAAUUCAUAUUACAUUAACGCAUGCAAUUCUCCAUUCUGCACCUCCUGUGCAGAAGAAACACAAGCACGAGCUCGUUUCGGAUUUCCUCUAACUAAAAUGUAGAGAUGUCCAGAUCCGAACCUUAAGAUAAAAGUUCAAACGUCGUAUGGUCACCUUCUAGCUGCUGUGAUGACUUCUCAUUGGAAUGAGUCAAGGAGAAAAAGGGAACACGAUGUAAUUUAGUGCAUGAUGUGUAGGGUGUAGAAAUCCAUGGUUUUGUAUUUUAUGUGAAAACCAAUAAAUCAAUGUUAUCAGUCUA